GAUGAUGUUUUGUUAGAUAAGUGGUAUUUUACUUAGUGGAUAUGCAUAGACUGGAGAUUAAACAGUACCGACCAGCCCUCCACCGAACGAUUGGAUUUCGAAACCGCGAAUAAAUCCAACCACAGUCAAAGGGAAAUUACACUCGCCAAGGCAAACCAGCUUCAGUGGCGUAGCAGCAUAUUUCUACCCCAUUCCAGUGUAUCCUUGCAGCAACAACAGCAGUGUGAGAGCUGUCGGACGAGAAAGCAGUUGUGCGCAUACGUCCUCCCACGAACAACGUUUUACGGCUCAAGUGACGAAGCAAAGAACAACAAGCAUUACUAAACAAAUACCGUGUCCGGCAACCGUGGAAAACAUGCCAUUCCAUAAGUACAUUUUUACACCGAGGCUGUUGAAAGAAUAUGAUGGAUCCCGGGACAAUUACGAACCGGGAACAUUGGAAAAAUAUGGAGACCAGCUACUGACAGCUCUUAAUCUGAUGUGGAGUUUCAGUUAUUAUACCUCCCCUAUCCUUGUGUCCAUCCUGUAUCGGCGCGGUUAUUUUGUCGCCGAAUCGGUUGGCACCUUUGCGAAGGUGACGACCGGUAUCGGGCUGCUGGUUGCAGUAUCCCUGUGUAUGCGAGGUUUGGGACGGUCGAUGAAUAUGGUGUACGUUCGGUUUGCGGAAACGCUAGAAAAUGCACGACGCAAUAGCGAACGCUGCGGGGAUCCAAAAGCCGCCCUCCGGCGUUACGACUUUGAUUUCCAUCAAUGGCCAGUUGAUUACACCGUCAAAGGUGGAAGUCGUAAAACGACAGCUCAGCGAAAUAAGAACUUCUGGAUUUCAUCACUCCCGUGCCAGAUUGCGGCUUACGUUGCUAUACACACGUUUGGUAUUCGAAUGAUUUAUCCUGGCUCGGUGCGGCUACUGCAAAGCUAUGUUGAACCGAUGCUGAUCGAAGGCCGAACGAAGCUAGUUACUCAGUGUAAUGGCCAGCGUAACAAAGUGAAAACCGCCGACGGGAACGAAAUAGAUACGAUCGUAGUCGACAAUAGGCACAAAAGUGCCAACGGUAAAACGCUCGUCAUCUGCUCGGAGGGAAAUGCUAGCUUCUACGAGAUCGGCAUCAUGUCCACACCGCUGGAUUUAAAAUAUUCCGUGCUGGGCUGGAAUCAUCCCGGAUUCGCAGGAAGUAGCGGACGUCCGUAUCCGGAUCAAGAUCAAAACGCGAUCGAUGCUGUACUGCAGUUCGCCAUCCGGGAGCUUGGUUUUAAGCCGGAAAAUAUCAUACUCUACGGUUGGAGCAUCGGUGGAUAUUCGACACUUUAUGCAGCCUCUCAGUAUCCGGAGGUCAAGGGAGUUAUUCUGGACGCAACGUUUGAUGAUGUGCUGCAGCUUGCUUUGCCCCGCAUGCCGGAACGUAUUUCAAACAUUGUCAAAAUCGCCAUUCGAGAUUAUGUUAAUUUAAACAACACAGAACUGAUCGUUAGAUACAAUGGACCGGUGCUGUUGAUACGACGAACGGAGGACGAAAUUAUUUGCUCAGAAGAUGCUAACUUAGGUACAAAUCGAGGAAAUUAUCUGCUCAUCAGUAUGCUUAAGUAUCGUUUUCCGAACAUCUUCAGGCCGGAACAGGAAGCGCUCGCGAAAGAGCUACUAUCGAAACCGGUCGAUUUUAUCAAGAAUGGUGAGUAUCGGUCAAUUGCAAUUGUGCCGGAAGAAUAUUGCAUCUCAUUACUGAUGUCCUACCUUAGCGACAAUGGAAACAAUGGUACCAGCCGAAGCUACCCCAUAGAAAUUGGUGCCGAGUACACAACCGAGCAACGUAAUUCAAUGGUUAAAUUCCUGAUUAAAAAAUACUUGGUGGACUUCAAAUCGACCCACUGCACUCCACUACCGGAAGAAUUCUUCCAGUCACCGUGGGAAAUUCCAUCCGAAACAGAUUACGUUUUCACAUAAAUAGUUGUCAAUAAUCCUAUUGAGUAGGUGGCACAUAUGUAGUUUGUGGUAAGCUUCUUUUGUACGUUCAAUCAGUGCAGGGUUUUGUGUUUGAUUGGUUAUUAUUUGCCUGCUUUGAUUCAGAUCUACUUCGUGUGCGUGUGUCAAAUCUUUCAUUGUACCAUCUUAACUUAACUCCCUCGUGCUGUAUCCAACUUGAAGAAUACUAUGCUAGCUUUGUAAUACUAUGCUCCGUAUUAAUGAGAGAGGAGAGUACUGUUUACGCAUAUAAAUAUAUACCCGUAGCACUAUUAUUACCAUGUGGCAGGAGAAAGUAACACAUGUGCAAAUUUUGUCAUGAGUGCAUUUGUGGUAGGAAAAUGGGAAGCGUUUUACAAUUCUCCUGAUUCUAGACAUUUAGUACUAAACUCAAAAUCUGAACUGAAAACGAGGAACAGGAAAGGACGAAAUGGGCAGAAUGGGAUGGGAAAAAAAAUUACCAUUACAUUCUUAUAUAAGAUAUAUGGAAACUUACUAUUGAUACACGGUAAAACUGAUAGGUGGAGGUAAGACAAGAGACGAGAAUGAAU